AUGUACGAGCAUUGGUCAGACUCAAUAACAGUUGGAUUUGAUUACACUGUGGGAUUUAUAUCGUUUGUAGCCAACCUCAUCCUGAUUUACAUCAUCCUUAAAUACACUCCAGAAUCUACAAAAACUUAUGCAUCAAUUAUUUUGGCAAUCACUAUAUCCGACUGUUUGAGUUUUUGUGGCACCUUUAUGACUUCUGUCAGGGUCUUGCCACGAAGGGAUAAACUAAUUUACAUUUUCAGAGGAUUAUGUAAAUACUGUUUUAAAGAUGACUUAGAGUUUCGAGCUAAAUUCUGUCUAAUCUGGUACGCUCAACAUACUCAAUUUUAUAUACUCAAUCAUAUCAUUCUGAUUUUCUCGUAUGUUUAUCGUAUGCUUAUAAUCACUAAUCCUUUGAAACAAAUCGAUAGAAGGACUUUAGUUUAUUCUAUCCUACUCCUUUACUGUCCUCUUCAUUUUUGUUAUUUCAACUGGGCGGCAUAUAUGGCUCUCCAACCAAUGGAACUUGUAAGCAAGGAGAUUGCGAAAUUUGAACCUGAUAUCGUAUAUUCAAAUGCUACGUAUUAUGCAAUCAUCAAUCUGUCAGAUCCAUCUCAAAUUGUUUUCCAUAUUUUAUCAGUUUCCUCGGCAUCUGUUGCCAUUCUUGUCACUCUUCUUUGUCGUUGGAGAGUUAUAGCAUUCACUCGCAAAUAUCAACAAUCGGAAGCUCUUAAAAAACUUCACAAUUCUCUGGAAUUGGUUUUCUCUUGUCAAGCUAUAGGACCUCUUAUGUCCUCUAUUGCUUCUCUUCUAUACAUGUUAGUAGAAUUUGGAUCAUCUGGCGGUACAAUGAUAUUGUUAGAAAACCUUAUCGGAAAGCCUUCAGUUAUCAUGUAUAUCGUAAACCCAAUCGUCACUGUCAUUUUCAUCACACCUUACAAAAUGGUUGUUCUCAGAUGGUUCCGUAGUGUUUUCGCCAUUUACCCCGAUGCACCCGUUUUGAUAGACCUGUCCAGAUCUGCAACCGGAACUUCAUAG